AUGGCCCGUGAAACCGAAAAGGACUUCAAUCACACCUACUUCUCCCUGGGCGAACGCCGCAUUCUCCACGACCUAGGACUGCCGGACUAUGUGACUCACUCGGCCGAACGUGCGUACUACUACUACCGCCACCUAAGCCAACAGCCUUACGUCAUAAAAAUCGAUAACUACCGAAACCCAAUAGAAAAUAUACUAAGAAAAAGGGGACUGAGAGCAGGAGGGAGGCAAUGGAAGGAAGAUAUUGAAGUUCAGUGUUAUGAGUGUGACUGUUGGGUUUGUCCGCGUGGUUUGGAAGGUGUGGAGUGUUUGUGUGAUAGUGAUGAUGAUGAAUUGGAGAUUGGAGUGGAAGGGUGGCAAGGGUGUAGGGGGUGUGGGUAUUGUGUUCGGGCGGCAAAACGGGAGUUACCACUUGGGGUGGCAAUGUAUGAUGGGUAUGAAUUUGGUGAAGUCGAGGCCGAGGAUGAUUAUUCUCCUGGACGGGCUUUUUAUGCGACCUGGAAAUAG